UUAUUGUUGAUAUAAUUUAUGAAUUCGACUUGCCAUUUCCACAAAAAGCAAGAAAACUGGAGUGAAAUUCUUCAGUAUUACUGAUGAAUCUUGCUGCUUAUGGCGGGGAUCCAACAGGAAACUUACUCUGUGUCAAUUUUAAUCAGGACUGUAGUUCUCUGGCAGUUGGCUCAAAGGCCGGCUACAAAUUGUUCUCUUUAAAUUCCGUGGAAAAGUUGGAGGAGAUUUACGAUUAUGCUGAGACAGAAGAUAUUUGCAUAGUGGAGAGACUAUUCUCAAGUAGUCUUGUAGCCAUUGUCAGUUUAUCUGCUCCUAGAAAACUCAAAGUCUGUCAUUUUAAGAAAGGAACAGAAAUAUGCAACUACAGUUAUCCCAACACAAUCUUAGCAGUCAGGCUAAACAGAGUGCGGCUGCUCGUUGUGUUGGAAGAAAGUUUAUAUAUUCACAAUAUUAGAGACAUGAAGGUUCUACACACAAUUAGAGAUACACCUCCUAAUCCAUCAGGUCUUUGUGCACUUUCUGUAAACUCUGAUAACUGUUAUCUUGCCUAUCCUGGAAGUAAUCAGAUUGGUGAGGUCCAGAUAUUUGACUGUGUAAAUUUGCGGGCGGUGACAAUGGUUCCUGCCCAUGAUUCUCCUGUUGCUGCUAUGGCAUUCAACAGUGCUGGGACUAAACUAUCAACAGCAUCAGAAAAGGGAACAGUUAUCCGAGUGUUUGCAAUUCCUGAUGGAAUAAAGCUUUAUGAAUUUAGACGAGGAGUAAAGAGGUGUGUGACCAUCAACUCGCUUGCCUUCAGCCAUGACUCGCUGUUCUUGUGUGCUUCGAGCAAUACAGAAACAGUACACAUUUUCAAGCUAGAAGCUCCGAAGAAAGAGCCUACGGAUGAGGCAGGUGGUUUGAUGGGUUACUUUGGCAAAGCGCUCUCUCCUAGCAGUUAUCUCCCAGUACAUGUCGCAGAAGUGUUCAACCAAGAGAGAGCUUUUGCCAGCGUUCGAUUACCACAAGCAGGUCUUAGAAACGUUUGCGCCAUAGCAAUGAUUGGAAAGCUCCCACGCUUGUUGGUCUCCAGUGCAGACGGUUAUCUUUACAUCUACAAUAUCGACCCUGAGGAUGGAGGGGACUGUACGCUGCUCAAACAACAUAGGUUAAUUGGUCAAACUGAAGGCCUUGAAAAACCAUCCACGGAAGAGGAAAGCGCUUCCACCGAACCAAGCCCCUCACCAACGAACAAAGAAGAAGAAUCUCAAGAUUCAAGAGCGCGAGCAUCUUCGCAAAACAGUCAAAACUCCCCAACAGCAGGGGUAUGUGACCCCACCCAAGCCAUUGCGGCUUUUGGUGACUUGCAGGGACCUGGAAACUUAAGACUGGACGAUGAGACUGAGUAUCCACCGCUGACCGUACACAAUGAAUAGAGUCUUCGUCAAAUCUCUCUCUCAGACGUUCUUCGCUUUCUUCACUAUUUAUGCCCAAAACCACUGACCUGCAUUCAACAGCAGAUAUUAUACGGACACAUUUUUAGACUUUAGAGUUCUUGUAGGAUUUCUUAUUCUCUCUUUUGCGUGUUUGUUCUGCGUUUUCUUGUUGAUCUAUCGAAAAUUUUCGCACAGUCGUCGAGCUUGUUCACAGCAAUAUUUGUUUCUUUGAGAAGAAGUAAUAACGUUUUACAGCUGUUACAUUGCAUAGAAACCUUUUUGUGCGAAGACUUAGAUUUUAUUCGCUCUUGUGCGAGCGAGUGGUUUGGGUAGAAGUGUCAAAAGUAAUUUUAAGUUAUGAAAUUAUAUUGAUAUAUUCGUCUAUCUGAGUAUUCAAAGUCAUUGAUUAAAAAGAUCCAUUUAAAUUUC